AUGCUGUCACCGACGCUAUUCGUGUUGAUCAGAAAGCGCUGGAUAAACCCUGUGAAGGCCAAACGCAUCACGACUAACACGCUCCUCAUCCUUAUCUCCGCGUGCCUCACGCCCUCCUGCCAUACGCUCCUUGCACUGACGCGCCUGCACAAAGAGCUGCUCAUCGCAAUUACAGUCACGCUCACCGCCGUCCUCCCGCAUGGCCACCCGGUGCGCGGUGUCAUGCUCGCUGAACUUGGCAAGGUGCCCGUGAUCGACGAGCUGACCCGCCGGCCAGGCCUUAUGUGGCAGGAGACCACUCCGCGGUACGCGCAGCUGCUCGCCAGUGCGCUUGCGGGCAUUGCGAGGGUUGGGUCGUCACCUUCCCGUUCGAUGUCGUCCAGUCCCACGAGUACGUGGUCGACGAUCGUGGCCAAGGAGCGAUUGCCUUCGUCGGGUCCGUCACACCUGAAGCUCACGUAUGAGAUGUUGUUGCUUGCGCCGGACGAGGUUACUAGGCAGAAGACGGUGGCAGACUCGUCGCAAGCAAGGUCGGAAAAGCGAUUGUAA